AUGGGCUUUCUUACUCGCAUACUAGAAUCGGGUUUCGAUGUGAGACCAGUUGAUCAUAAUCGAAGAAUUUGUAAAAUACGAAAUUAUCUUGCACAUGUAGCUGUUUAUCAAUCGUCUCUUUUCAUCACCAUGGCAUGUAUUGAUCGUUGUGCAGCUACAUGUACAAAUGUUAAAUAUCGAAAAUUUUAUGAAUCGGUUGUUGCUUAUCGUGUCUUACCCGUGUCCAUUCUAUUUUGUUUUCUAAUACUUAGUCAUAUUCCAAUAUGGUUCGAAACUGAAUAUGUAUUAAGUGAAUUUAAUGUCAAAGUUAUGCGAUGUUAUGCAAGAAAAGGUACAUAUCGUUUAGUAUUCAAUACAUUUUUUUUAAUAUUUUAUAGUAUUAUUCCGUUAACAUUGAUGAGUGUAUUUGGCCUAAUAACUGUCCGUAAUAUUCGACACAAAUUAUUGUGUUGCCAAACACAAAAGAGUAGAUAUCUAAGAAAAAAAGAUCAUCAAUUAAUAACAAUGAUGCUAAUGCAAAUACUACUGUUUAUUAUUUUGACAUUUCCAUUUGCAAUAGAAAAAUUUUAUUCAAUAUUAACCGAAAAUAAUGUAAAAUCAAGCCUGACAAUUGCGUGGGACAACUUUGUAAAAUCUGUAAUACUCUUGUUGUUAUAUACUAAUUACAGCGAUAGCUUCUAUCUGUACACACUAUCCGCAACUGUGUUUAGGAAAGAGUUUUUAGCAAUAUUCCAGAAAAAGUUCAAAGAGACAACAAUUGAUUAA